UGUUUCCGUUUCUCAAUCUCUUCCGCCGUCUCCGGCCGUAGAAGAAAAGGAAAGGGAAGAAAAAUGGUCCUGCCAAACGACUACGAUCUGCUCAACCCACCGCCUUCUCUUGAGAAGAGCAAGCACAAGCUUAAGCGCCUAAUUCCAACGCCAAACUCUUUCUUCAUGGACGUCAAAUGCCCGGGCUGCUUCAACAUAAUGACGGUGUUCAGCCACUCGACGACGGUGGUUAUGUGCAGCAACUGCCAGACGGUGCUGUGCCAGCCUACGGGUGGGCGCGCCAAGCUCACCGAGGGCUGCUCCUUCCGGCUAAAGGGUGGGGCAUCACCAUCAUCGUCCUUCCGGCUAAAGGGCGAGGCAUCACCAUCAUGCAAAAUGACGGUGUUCAGCCACUCGACGACGGUGGUUAUGUGCAGCAACUGCCAGACGGUGCUGUGCCAGCCUACGGGUGGGCGCGCCAAGCUCACCGAGGGCUGCUCCUUCCGGCUAAAGGGUGGGGCAUCACCAUCAUCGUCCUUCCGGCUAAAGGGCGAGGCAUCACCAUCAUGCAAGUAUUAA